CAGCAGCCAACUCACAGUCUUUUGAACGAAUCCGUGUAUCAUUUAGAGAGGAUGGAUCAGUCAGUAACCCCAUAAAACCAAGAUGCUGAUUGGAGGAAGCAUAUUUUUGUAACAGGUGGGGACGAAAGAGCAGUGUGCUGGGAGAGAGCCUGCAGUGCAAGACGGGUUCCCCCCCAUCUCCCAUCCUCGAGACUGUGUGACCUUGCAAGGGUCAUUGCCUGCCCACCCAGCUCUGACAAACCUUGGAAAGAAGCUGCCCCAAGGACGAACGCCUCAUCGUCCUUGUCUCCAACCAGAUCCUAUUGUGUUGCAGCUGUUGGACAGCAAGCAGACUCGGGCUAAGCUUCUUGUAGAAGACCAACUCCGAGGUGUGAACCGCUGUUCCUCAACCCUCUACGUUGUUUCCCACGUCCUCUAGAUGCAAGGAAAGGCUUUUGAGAAGCACCCAAGCCGAUGCGCGGGAAGGGGACGCUUCCCCCAGCGCGAUCCUACGCGACUAUAUUUGGAGGCAACCCUUUCUGGGCACCGAGAGGGGCUUAUUGCAAAAUAAGGAUUACAAUCGCAGUCGCCGCCCACGGGAUGGACUCUUGCAUUCUUCCCUUUUGCGCCUGCUCUCUCAGUAACGUGUUGCUCCUUUGCUUUGACCUGUAUAGCAGCCAAGCGGGCGGCCGCGCCGGCUCUCCCUGUUGCUGCUAGCCCAGCGAGGCUGCUUACUCGGGGCUCUCACGAAGGGGAGACGCGGGGAAAGAGACCCCUCCUUCGUUCCAGAACAGCGCGCUCUCCUCGCUCGUCUCCUUCUCCUCGCUCCUUACAGGAGGGCAACCGCGUGGGCGAUGGCGGCGCCGACGGACUGACUGGAAAGGCGGGAGAGGCGGCAUCCAGCCUGAGAGGGGAUGUUUUGAGGCGGGCGGUGGCCGUGGAGCUGGGCGGGUCGCUCUGGCCGUCCGCCUGGGGUCUCGCUUGGUCAGCUGCCGGGGAAACGGGCUCCCCUCCGCGCUCUUGUCACAUUUAUGGACGAGCACCUGAGCCUUCUGCGCUCGCCGGCCGCCCCGUCUUCCUGCAAGCAUUCGAGAGGCGGCGGCAGCAGCAGCAGCAGCGUCGGCGGCGUCGUGGGAAGCAGCCACCAUAACUUGGGCUACAGCGAACAUCUCUUCCCCGAAGGCGCGCUUUCCGCCCCUGAGGAAGGGCAGGAAGAAGAGGAGGGCGACGCCGGGGACGAGGAGGAGGAGGAGGAGGAGGAGGAAGAGGAAGACGAGGAGGACGGGGAGCUGGAGGGUGGCAUGACUGUAGUGGGUGGAGAGGACCCUCUUAUCGAUGAAAACCAACAUCCCCAUGCCCUGCUGGGAGGGGAGCGCUAUGACCACCCUCUUGCCCAUACCCUGCCUCCCCACAGUCAUCACCAAGCGGGCACCGGUGGAGAGGAGCAUGAGUGUUGUGAGAGGGUCGUGAUCAACAUCUCAGGUCUGCGCUUUGAGACCCAGCUCAAGACACUGGCCCAGUUCCCAGAGACGCUGCUGGGCGAUCCCCGCAAGAGGAUGCGCUACUUCGACCCUCUUCGCAACGAGUACUUCUUUGACCGCAAUCGGCCCAGCUUUGAUGCCAUCCUUUACUAUUACCAAUCUGGAGGCCGUAUCCGCCGCCCCGUUAAUGUGCCCAUUGAUAUCUUUUCGGAAGAAAUACGUUUCUAUCAGUUAGGUGAAGAGGCCAUGGAAAAAUUUCGGGAAGAUGAAGGUUUCAUCCGUGAGGAGCAGAGACCUCUUCCUGAGAAGGAGUUUCAGCGCCAGGUGUGGCUCCUUUUCGAGUACCCAGAGAGUUCCGGACCAGCUCGGGGCAUUGCUAUUGUGUCUGUUUUAGUCAUCCUCAUCUCCAUUGUCAUAUUUUGUCUAGAAACCUUACCUGAGUUCAGAGAUGACCGUGACUAUGAUAGUGCUGCAGGAACAUUUGGUACUGGGAGUAGUCCUUUUGUGACUGAUGUUUUCACCAAUACUUCUUCCCCAGCUACAUCUAUGGUGUCAUCCUUCACUGACCCUUUUUUUGUGGUGGAGACUCUGUGCAUCAUCUGGUUCUCCUUUGAGCUGCUUGUCCGCUUCUUUGCUUGUCCCAGCAAGCCCACCUUCUCUAAAAACAUUAUGAACAUAAUUGACAUUGUGGCCAUUAUACCUUACUUCAUCACCUUGGGCACUGAGCUGGCUGAGAGGCAGGGGAAUGGUCAACAAGCAAUGUCUCUGGCUAUUCUCAGAGUCAUCCGGCUAGUUAGAGUCUUCCGUAUCUUCAAGCUCUCUCGGCACUCCAAAGGGCUGCAGAUUUUGGGGCAAACUCUGAAGGCCAGUAUGAGGGAACUGGGCUUGCUCAUUUUUUUCCUUUUCAUCGGUGUUAUCCUUUUUUCUAGUGCCGUCUAUUUUGCAGAAGCUGAUGAUCCCACUUCAAGUUUCAGCAGUAUCCCUGAUGCCUUUUGGUGGGCUGUGGUAACCAUGACCACUGUGGGUUAUGGGGACAUGCAUCCUGUCACUAUUGGAGGCAAAAUAGUAGGAUCUCUCUGUGCCAUCGCUGGUGUGCUGACUAUUGCUUUGCCUGUUCCAGUCAUUGUCUCUAACUUCAACUACUUUUACCACCGGGAAACAGAAGGGGAAGAACAAGCUCAGUACAUGCACGUAGGAAGCUGCCAGCACCUCUCCUCCACUGAGGAACUGAAGAAAGCUCGUAGUAAUUCCACUCUCAGCAAGUCAGAGUAUAUGGUGAUAGAAGAGGGAGGCAUCAGCAACAGUGCAUUCAAACAGGCUGCUUUUAAAACAAACAACUGCUCCGGCACAAACAAUCCCAACUGUGUGACUAUUAAAAAAAUCUUUACGGAUGUUUAAAAAACACCCUUUCGCAGAGAUUGAAAGAAAACCACAGGAAGUCUACGUAAUCAGUAUUUUUGAGGAACACGCAUCAUUGUCAGUCUUUGUGCUCUUGCUUAGUACAUAUACUUUUCUGGUCCUCCAUUCUGAAGAUAGAAUAUUUUUUUAGAAGAACAAAGAACCAAGGAUAUAUUAAGAAAGAAGGUAGAUAAGCUAACACAAGGAAUGUGUUGCUGCUGCUCCCUUUGGAAACAGGUUUUUAUUCUGCACAGGUUGUUGCAGGGCAUUGGGAUUUUAGCGAGAAACGUGUUUGUCUGAUUUUAUAAAGAGCAGCUACACUGUUGAUUUGCUUUUCUUUUACAUAUACACUUGUUGGAUUGAAAGGAGCUGAGUGUAAGGAUAAUGAAUGUAACUGCUCCAGUGAAUGAGAAAAAUAAGGUGAUAUAAAUGUCACAAACUAUCUUACAUUAUAAUAGGAUGGCCACAAUUGAAAAUUGAUGUACGAGGUUGCAAUCUUUGAUUUUUUAAAAAAGGUUAGAGCCAUAUGUAUUCUGAAUCUGCCCAUGAUAUACGCCGUGUCACUUUAAUACAACAAGGGAAACGCCUCCGUUGUGAUUUUGGAUUUCUUUGACCCCUGAAUUCCCAAAGAAUUGCAACUUUGAAUCUGAAGUGCUACCUGGGUAUUGUAGUAUUACUUCUUCCUAUACAGUGAGACUGAACAAGACUGACUGACUCAUCAUAUCCUGGUGAUCUGAAUACGAUGAAUUGUUUAGUUUUUAGUAAAUUUCUAGCAGGCUUUUAUUUUGACUGCAGCUUCAAAAAACAAAAAGCAAAAGAGGUAUUUCCAUAGAUGUCCAAUGCAUGUAAGAUAAGUGGUUGCAUCUAUCACAAGAAGAUUAAAGUGACAAACACGCCUUGCAGCGGAAGUUACUAAUUUGGACCUGAGUGGUACAGUUUCCAUAGCAACUUUGGUUUCCUGGGAAACUCCCAAAGGUUGUCAUAGCAUCCGUUCUUUCCCUCCCUCAGUCUUCUGCUGUUUCUAUAGUAACCAUUCCAGAUGGUUCCAACUUCUGUGGUUCCACAGAAAAGCUGCUGCUCUGAUAAAUCACACACAUACAUAUACACGCACAUACAUGCACACAAAUGUACACCAUUAAUCCCUAAGAGAUUUAGUUAUGGAAGUUAAGCAUUAUUCUUAUUCUCUCAUUUUUUGAUGGGCAAGAUUUGAGAUGGCUGCACAUCAUGAAGAAAAGAGUUAAUAUGGAUUUUAUAAAUAACUGUACUUCACAAUAUAAUAUAAUUAAACACCAAAAGCAAAGCAUUUCUCCCCUGCCAAUCUUCCACAUCUGUUGCAAUUUGAUACCUGGAAUUAAUUCUAAAUGAGUUACCCAAGUUACCUGUACAACUGCAUAGAAGGUUUAAAAAGAUGGCAUUGCCCUCUACUUUUAUCAGAAUAAAUCAUAUAAUAUUGAUUUAUAAUAAUUUUUUAUUGCAUAUGACCUAGCAUUAUGCAAAAAAAAAAACCUCUUUUCAAAGCAUGUACAACAUUGAAGAUCAAGACCAAAACUUUUAUUACAAAAGGAUGCAGAUCUGGAAAAUAAUGGUGAUGAAGUAUUGGUUCAAAAAUACUUAAAAGUCCUCUGGGAAGUGUAUAUCCAUCUUCUCUCAAGUACACAUCUGCGGCUAUGGAAUAUCAGACAGACACAGAUGAGAGCCAAAGUAAAUGGAGCAGAACAAAUUGAAACUGCAGACAACAGUUUCCUUCCUUACAGUAGAUGGAUAACAGAAGAUGGCUCAGUAAGUGCUACAGAACUCCAUCAACCUUUAAACUAUUUAUAAAAAAAGAAUCAAAGACACCAGGAAGAAGUAACUAAUUAUACUAUAGCAUCAUGCACAGAACUGAAGGAUGGUCUUCCCUCUUAUACUCACUAUGUUAAUACUUAGCUCUGACUUUCUGUGUGUUUUGACAAGAGUAUUAUACAGAAAUGAACAUCAUUUAUAUUGUAACAGAAACCAAAUGCAAUAUUACAAAUAAGAUCACAACUAAGGAAAAGGUGUUUAAUUGUUUGGAUGGUAUAUCUGCCUUCUCAUGCAAGCUUUGAUAACUGGAACUUUAGUACAGGCAGUCCUCGACUUACGACUACAAUUUAGCCCAAAACUUCUGUUGUUAAGUGGGACAUUUGUUGAGCGAAUUUUGUCCCAUUUUACGAAAUUUCUGGCCACAUUUGUUAAGUGAAUAACUGCAGCUGAUAAGUUAGUAACCUGGUUGUUAAGUGAAUCUGUCUUCCCCGUUGAUUUUGCUUCUCAGAAGGUUGCAAAAGAAGGUGAUCAUGUGACCCCAGGAUGGUGCAUAAGCAUGAACCAGUUGCCAAGCAGACUGAAUUUUGAUCACGUGAUACGGGGAUGCUGCGAAGGUUGUAAGUGUGAAAAACAGUCAUCUGUCACUUUUUUCAGUGCUGUUGUAACUUUGAACGGUCACCAAGCGAACUGCUGUAAGUCGAGGACUACCUAUAUACAUUGAACAGCUACUAAGCAUUCCAUAUGCAUUGACUGUUUUAUACCGACUUAUUUUAGGCUUUACAGUAAUGUGAAAUGAAUCAUCAUUCUGUGUUAUUUUUAAUGAAUUUUUGUUCAUGUAACUGUUAUUUAUAAAGUGGUAUAUUUGUUAUAAAAAGAUAUACCGAUUAUUUUAGUCUUUGCAUACAAGGAGAAAUCAUAGUUAAAUGAAUCCCCAAAGGAAUUUGAACAAUAAGCUAAAAAAUGUGUGCCUUGUUUUAAAGCCUUUAUUUAAAUGAGGAAACCAAAAUCAACAGGCAUUUAUGAAUUCAUGGCUAGACUUCGCUGGAAUCACCUUUUUCUUAAAAAAUACAUAUUUCUUCCUAGGUAGUGUAGUGUCUAUGCAGUUCACUGCAUGUUUACUGAAAAGUUAAUCCUAUUUUGUUCAAUGGAAAAAAGGCCAGUUCUUCAUUAAUGACCUUCUGGAACUGCUCAGCCUUUAUUGAGGUAAAAUAAAGCUUGUCUUUGUUCCAGUUAUUUUGACAAAAUAAUGGUUGUAUAAUUGUAGAAGAUGCUAUCCCUAGGUAGAAAAAGGCUCAGUAAGGACCUGAGGAUUACAGUGUAUAAUUAUUUUUUUAAAAAAUCCUGUAGAAUGCUGUAAUAAAAGAGAACCUUGGAAAUUGCUUAACCUCCAUAGAUUUAUCAUCAAUUCAAGAAGGAUCAAGGGCACUUUGUUAAAUCACAGUCUAAAUUUCAAGAGUGACUUUCAGGAUUAUAUCUUACUGGUUGUUUUAAUGAAAAUGAACUCCAUUAGCAGUUACUAAAUGUUUUCAGCGAUAACAUAUGGCUAUGGUCAGCUGAGCCGUAGUUGAACACAUGCUUCAUUGAAACAAGCGGAGCCUGGUGCACUGCGGCUGCAAGGAGAGGGAGCAAAAGCCAUAGAGAUUUGUUUAUCUUGCUGUAGCAUUAUUCAAGGCAUAACUCUGUAACCUUUUAUCGGUAGAUGGGGUUUCUUUUGCAAGGUAUACUCUCUGAGGGAUGGUUCUUAGGAAUCCCGAUCAAACAGUUGCAGUUAUCUUUCCUCUGUAAUCCCUUUUCUCUAGCUAUUUUUUUUAAUGGAAAAGAGAAGGAAGACAUCGGAGGAAUAUAAAUGGCAGAGGAUGUCAUCAGGACUUCAUAAAAUGCCAUAAAUGAGAUACGGUGACUAUAUAAUGAGAUAUUCACUCAAAAGCGCCAUUUAUUCUAGCCUGCAAUGCUGAUUUAUCAGUGGAAGUAAUAAGUUGUGCCAUAGGAAUAUAUUGAACAAGAAGUAAGAGCAAAACACUGCAUGGUUGAAAUGUUCCAAUAUCAGAAUAGAGGUUGGAAUUGGCAUUUUGCACAUCCACUUUAUGAGUAUAUUUUUGGUGCAUUUAGAAUAAUUUGUUUUAAGACUGGAAUAUUUCAGUCAUGACAUUUUUUUGCACAUUUUUGUUUCUUAACUAGGGUGAAAGUAGUAAUAGCACUUAGACUUAUAGUAUAUACCACUUCACAAUGCUUUACAGCCCCCUCUAAGCGGUUUACAGAAUCAGCAUAUUGCCCCCAACAAUCUGGGUCUGGCUAGAAAGUAGCAACUUAAAGAACUAUUAUUGUUGAGGGGAAAUAUAUGUUCUAUUUGUCUUUGGAUCUUUCCAAAUGAUAAUUUAUUGGUAACCACUCAAAGUUCUCUUAUCAAAGCCCAAAGUCCCCAUAUACUUGAUGUCAAAUAGAUUGACCACCUUCCUAUCAUGGAAUAGAAAAGAGAGGCUGGAUUUACCACAUAGCAAGGUGCAUAACCAUUAAAAUGGUGAGAUAUGUCUGCUAUUAAUGAGGCAAUUCAGUAAAGGACAGGGGGGGGAAAAGUAUGUGGAAUAUUUAAAGAUCACAAUAUCUAGUACAAAAUGCAGGUAAUCCUCAAUUUAUGACCACAAUUGAGCCAAAAUUUAUGUUGCAAAGUGAGAAAUUUGUUAAGUGAAUUUUGCCCCAUUUUACAACCUUGCCACAGUUCUUAAGUGAAUCACUGCAGUUGUUAAGUUAGUGACACAGUUGUUACGUGAAUCCGGCUUCCCCAUUGACUUUGCUUGUCGGAAGGUUGCAAAAGGGGAUCACACAACCCUGGGACACAGCAACGGUCAUAAGUAUGAACCAAUUGCCAAGCAUCUGAAGUUUGAUCACAUGACCAUGGCGAUGCUUCAAAAGUCGUAACUGUGAAAAAUGGCCAUAAGUCACUGUUUUCAAUGCCAUUGUAACUUUGAACGGUCACUAAAUGAACUGUUAUAAGUCAAUGAUUGUACGUUGAGGACUAACUCUAUAAGAAAUGUAAACUUCCAAUACAAAUAAUGACCGAGGCAUAAUCUGAUAGCAUAACAUCAACCACAACAGCAAAGUCACUUUGUAAUUUUAAAGGGGUUUUAUGUCGGUCUAUGACCGUUUUAGUUGAUUUGGCCUACUAAAUAUUUGUUUUUAAUUCUUUUUAAAUUUGUUAUUUAUAUUCUGUAUUUUAAUAUGGCUGUAAACUGCCCUGAGUCCUUCGGGAGAAGGGGGUAUAGAAAUUAAAUUAUAAAUAAAAUAAAUAAAUAAAUAAUACAAGCAGUCCUCAACAUACAAUCAUUUGUUUAAAAUCAUUCAAAGUUAAAAUGACAUAAAGUGACCUACGGUCACAUAAUCAAAAUUCAGGCGCUUGGCAACUGGCAUGUUGCAGCAUCCCGAGGUCACGUAAUUGUCAUUUGUAACCUUUCCAGGCGGUAACAACCAAAGCAAAUGGGGUAAACGGCAUUGGUUUAACAACCAUUUAAUUUGUUUAAUGACCAUAGCAAAAAAAAGAUUGUAAAGUCUGGCAUGACUUACAAUGACCACAUCACUUAGCAGCAGAAGUUCCAGUGGUCAUAAGUUGAGGACUACAUCUAUCAUUUUACUAUAUAAAAUUCAUAUUAUUAAUAACUUUUCUGCAAAUAUCAGAAAUAAAUGACAUCUUCAACAUUUUCUAAGUAAACAAGUUAUCCCACUGAUGUAAUAUCAAAUCAAUCAUUAAUCUAGUAAAGGAAGAAAACCUGUAAAGAAAGCAGCUGACAGAACAUGGUGCGCAAACAGAUUCUCAGUCAUUUUUUCAUUUAUUAGAAUAUUUAUGCAACUCUUCAGCAAAUAUCACUAAAAUAUUAUGUAACAAAUCAAAGAAAACCAACUAAAGCCAAAAUAACAAAAACUUUAAAACAAUGAAUAUAUUAAAGCGAUGUUUCUCAACCUCAUCAAAUUUAAGAUAUGUGGACAGUUCUUGAAGUUGAAGUCCACACAUUUUAAUGUUUCUGAGGUUCAGAAUCGCUAUACUAAAAACCGCUAUUAAAACCACUACUAGCAAAAGAUACAUAAUUUCACUCCUGGAAAGCCAAGAGAGUUGCGAUGAAUCGUAGCAUUCCACAAUGCCUCAGGUAAUGCAGAAUAAAAUAAUUUCCCAUGUUCCCAAUAAUCACAGCUUUGCCCAAAGGGCCAUUUUUGCAGAUCUUAACCAGGUAGGCAUUUAAAGGAAAGUUGAUCCUUUAGCCAGCUUCUAUGUUUUUAAAGUCAGAGUUGCUAUAAUCACAAAAUUAUUUUAAAUUAAAAAUUAAAUAAAAAAAUAAUCACAAAAUUAUUAUAAAAUUUUUAAAGACUAUAAUGUCAUAAGAACUAGUGGUUUUUUUUUUUACAUAAUAUUGUACAAGAUUUCAAAUGACUGUACAUGACAUCUGGUAAAAAUGUGACUUUAUAUUAUUCAAUCUGUCAAGGAACUUUAAUUAAUUCAUUUUUAUGGUACCAGCACUGCCCAUUGAAAAUUGCAUCAUCACAUAAAAUUAUACAAAAGUAAUAUUCACCCAAACUGAGACUGAACAAUAAAGGUUUAACAUCAUGAUUGUCAUAUUCAGUAAAAGCCCUAAGUAACAUGUACAACAGUCUUUGUAUGAUUGUUAGUACUCCAUCUUCCAAUCUUAUAUCAAAAGUAAAAAUUCAUGAGAUAUAUUAGGAUGACUGAUGGAUCCAAAGUUAACUAAUGACAUUUUGCAAUUGAUUAUGGACUUAAAUCAAGGUCUUCUUGCUCCUAGCAUGUUUGCAAUCCUUAGUUACUCUUUUAUAAAGCAGCAUGGUAAAAUGAUAAAUAAAUCUGAUUUAUGAAACAGGCAAUAGGCAUGUGCUCAUUUAGACUCCUUUUAUAUGUUAGUAGGACACACAUGAAAUCCUGAUAACAUUCAGUGGCACAGAUAUGCAAAUCUUUCAGCUAAUUUGAAAGAAGGUGAAUACUUUUUCACAAAUUUAGUAAUGUUUCUCUUUUUAAAAUCUCCCCCUACCCCUUGGUUUUUAUUUCAUUUUCUGCAGUUCAUACAGUAUAUGAUCACAGCCCACAUUUCCUAACCAGAGGCAUGGAAAUUCUGUUUCUUUAGAAUUACUGCUUUCAUCAUUCUUGACCACCAGGAAUACUGAUUGUAAAUGAUGAGCUUGUCCAGAAACCCUGGAAGACUAGAUUGGUUUAUAGCAUUCAGUCCAACUUUUUUUGAAGCCAAGUCUCCAGAAUAUAUUCAAAAUUGCAUCUGUAAAUAAUUCUAGCAAGUAUCAGUUUUUCAAAAGUGUAAGAUACAGACAGGAACUGUUUAAAUGUCUUCUAGAUAUUAUACUGCAUUACAUAAACCUUUACAUUGGUCUUACAACCAUCUUACAUGAGUUCUCAGGGUGAAAGUUCAAAUGUAGAUUGCAUUUGUUAACAAAUUUCAAAACUAGCUGCAAAACAUACCUGAGCAACAUCAGUAAAUGCAGAGCAGGUACUAUUUUGUUUUGUGGGAGUGGAUGCCAUCUGCCUUAGUUGAGAAAUUUGUUUUGUCCUUGCUUGAAUAUGACUCCCAUAAUAAUAUGCCUAUGACUAUGUUGGAAAUUUGUGGAGAAAGAAAUAAUUAGUUUUUUCUGGCCCCAUUUCCAAGCAUAGAGCCUGAUUAAGUUUUACAAUUUGUACAUUUGUUUUUAUUAAUUUCAAAAUACUACAUAACAAAAUAAGUAUAUGGCAUGAUUGCUAUGUAUUUAAAAGGGAAUUCUCAGACAAACAUCUAAAAAAUAACCAUGGAUCAUAGCAGACCUUAAAUCAAAGCAACCAUAUAUACAGCAUACUCUCUAACAGAUCUAUAAGGAGACCAUUAUAAAAGACAUUAUAGAUUUCAUUAAAAUAAAUCUGAUGUCUCUCAAUUGUUAUUUUAAUCUGCCCACCUAAAAAUAGAAGUUAAAAUAAUAUAGUUACAGAGAAUAAUAGAUCUGCUGUACAAUACUACCUUGUCUGCCACAAUUCAGUUUUCAAGAGUUAAUAUCAUGAUUAGUAUUAAUGUGUAAGACUGGCACUUUUUAAUACUUCAGGAGAACCCAUCUAGUAUGCCUGUGCUAGACUCUCUUAAAUAUGUAUUAGUUCAUCACUACAGGCGUUGUUGUUCUGCUGCUUUUUUCAUAUAUUUACAGUUCUCCCAGUCAGCAUCAUUUUGGGGUGUAGUAAGAAAUGAAAUUAGAGGCUAGAGCUAUCCAUCUAGAAUCGUUAACUCCAGUUAAGUCAACCAAGACAGGACAAUAUGCUAAUAAUAUUUUUUAAAAUGCAGCUAGUCCUGCCUAAGAUUACAUUUCUCAGUGCAAUGCAGAUCUCUGCAAUAGUUAUUGAGCUAUUUUGUUACAGACCACCAAUCACAAUCACUGGCACGUUGUAAUAAUCCAGUUAAAUAUAUAUAGCUAAAAUAUAUAAAACCACACUAAUAAAUUUGCAGAUACUUGGUGUUCCUCAUCUGAGAACCAUCUAAAUAGUUACAGAUUCUACAAAAAGUUCCAUUUUAAUAGCUCUCUAAAUUUUUCUCUCCGAGAGAAAAAGGCUACUUACAUCCAUGCAAGAAAGCUAUUCAAGGUGCAUGAAGUUAAGAAAUAGGUUGGGAUCUUUGGAUCCUGCCCCCUUCCUACCUCCUCUCCCACCAAUCCAAACUUCAGUAUCCAUACUCAGGCCAUAUAGACUGGGUAGAUUCAAUUUGAAGGAGAUGAUCCUGGAGCUCCCUGGGUGCCUAGCCUUGUAGAGUUUUAGAAUGGCACUUUAAAUUCUACUCAAAAGUCUAUCAAUGUGCAGCACUGGUUUCAUUUGAUUAUAAUGGCUCUCAUUUGCCAACAGGCAAGUUGGAUUGCAUACCAGUUGUAAUCUUCAGAGGCAGUUCCAUAUAGAGAACAUUGUAAUAGUCUUUUCUAUCAUGCUGAGGGAGUGGGUUGUUGCUAGAAAAUAAACAUCUGGGGAGAUCUGGAAUACAAAAAUCUGGUCAAUCACUAAAUGUCAGCAAAGAAAUCCUGAUAGUUCUUACAAAAUGUUGGCCCUACUAAAUCAAAAAGGGCCUCUCUAUCCUGAUAUUGGCAGGCCCUCAUUUUCACAUCAGUGGGUGUACUUGUUUUGGUGUGACUGGCACAUUUGAGAAGCUGAGAAAAUCUGUGGGUGAGAGUUACAUAAAAGGUCAGAGGCCUCUUCCUGGGAAUAAAGAAAAAAGGGUGAGAACACAGUGCAGGCUUGAAAACAAAGCACAGUUACAUUGCAAGUAAUAAUGAAAUAAGGUACAAGAUUGGGCUACAUGCAUCCUAGGAUAGCCCUGUUCCCAGCCUUACAUAAAAAUUUGAGUGAUGGACAAUUUCCAUACCCACCCCCCUUUUGUCAAAAAAAACAUUAAGAAAGCUUUGCACUGAAUUUGAUGCUGCGCUGAUAAUACAAUUCCUAAUAGGACCAAGAGGGGAGAAUUGAUAGAUUCAUAUUUGAGGUCACCAUCCAACAAACACUAAUGGAAUGAUCAACACCUUUUCUUUUUAUUGAAAACUGCAUAAAUACACGACCAACUAGUAGCAGAGUAAAGUGACUUCACAGAUUUCUCCCUGCUUUCUAAUGCAGAGACAGAUUGAGUAAAAUUAAAGGCACAUUCAGUGGAUGUAAAUUAAACCUGGCAGGGGUAGGACGGAAUCUGUGCCACUACAGGCAUUAUAGACAGAUGCUGUAUAUAAUGCAACCAAUACUAGAAAUCUAAGCUUAGCUGUAUAAGAAGCUUCUUAAUGACUGGAUUUCCAAAUCACACUAAGUCAUAAUAAGUUCAGCUUGCUUUUGAUUGAAUGGAAUGUAUAGCUUGCCAUGGCUAAUUCAACACAGCCAAUUCACCUUGGCCAACUCGCCACAGGACAGCUUGCCAUGAUUCAAGAGUUACACUAACAUUUAAGAAAUAGUGGAAUAGGAUCGUUAAAGAAAGGAUGGCAAAGGAAAGGCAAAAUGAAAUGUGAAUGUCAAAAAUGUAAAUCUUUUAAAAAUUAUUUUAAAUAAUUAAAUUGUUAUUUAUUUGAAUUGUUGAAUUAUCCCACAGAGAGUUUUCCCGUGGCGAGUUGGCCAUGGCAAGUUGUCCCAUGGUGAGAUGGCUGUGGUGAGUUGGCCGUGGUAUAUUGGCCAUGGUGAGUUAACUGGUGAGUUGUCCCAUUCUGAAUGUGUGAUCUCAGCCAUUGUGGUCUGUCAUGUUUUGUGAUUCAGUGUGAUAUUUAAACUUAGCUAUGGUGGCUUGUUCAAUAAACUGUCAUUACAGCAAAUGAUAGCUGUAGUGUAAUAUGUGAACCCAACCAUUAUCAAAACUAGCUGUUAGGAAAUCUGAGAAAUUAUGGAUAAAAGAAUCUAGAAAUGGACAUUAAACAGGCUUUAAACUUCACUAAAUACUUUCCACCUACUGGUGAAAGCCUUCCAUUGCUCUCUGGAAUUUAAUAAAAUUCCUACACUGUAAACUGUAUUGUAGCAAGUCAUAUUUUUUCCAGUCCUGCCUGGAGGAAGAAAUGAAGGCCGUGACUUUAUAGCCAAUUGUGUCAUUUUUCCCAUCCUGAUCAAGUGCUCUACAGUAUCACAGAAUACAAUCCAAGGGGAAAACAAGGAAUUUUUUUUUCCUGACCAGUUCAAAUCUACACUCAUCCAUAGAGGUUUACUGGGUGAUUCGGGGUUUAUUUGUUUCAGCUCUACCUAGUCUAAUGUUUACUGAUGUAGACAAGAAUUGGCAGAAGGACUACUGUAUAUGGAAAGUUGAGCUCCUAAGGGAAGAAACAGGGUAGAACUGAAAUAAAUUAAUAAAUGAACUUUAUCAUCUUUGAAAACUUUAAGGCAUUGAAGAAUAUGACUGAGUUUAUACAACAUGUGCCUUGUGUUACUGUGCAAACUGAAACUUUGUGGUUAAACAUGUUGUGUAAACCUAGAAAAUUAAGCUAAUUCCAUAAAUUAUAAUUAAUUUAAUUUUGGACAACUAUUGUGAAAAUAAAGUUACUUAGAAAAUUUACUUCUCAAGUACUCUGAUAGAUCUUUUACCCCAUUCCUUCUCUUCUAAUGGGCAUUUUUGUAACAGCAGGAAGGGUAGAUUGAACAAAACCUAUCUAUUUAAAAAGAUUCAUAGCAAAUGAUUUACAUGAAUAUUCUACAUGUUGAGUAUUUGACUGAAUGAUUUACCAGCUGCUCAUUAAAAAUGUUGCACCAUUAAUCUUUAAAAAUGUAAACAUAUAAACAUCAAAACUGUUUAACCUCUAAUCUUGUGUUAGCCAUGAAUCAAAAUUUAUAUAUUUAAGACAUAAAAGCCAUAAUAUAAUUUGCUUGUGACUUAAUAUGUGUGUGUGAAUUCCACCAGUUCAGUUUGUAAAGCUUUAUUGCUUUGGUUAUAUUCAUAACCCACUGAAGAUAUGCUUUACUGGUAGAUCAAAGCUGAAGAAACUGCAACCUAAGAUAUUGUAUCAACACAGCCUUUAAAAAAUAGAUUAUGGACAUACGAUCCUCUGUCUGAUCAGGCUGAAGAGCCACUUAUUCCCUUCUGUACCGUAGGGUCAUACAUAAGUUUCUUUUAAGAAAUAUUUCCAGAAAGAGCAGAGAAAGCAUGGAGAGGAGGCAACCAGUAUAUGUCAAUAUGUAAUGUGUAGCUAAUCUGUCUGGCUUCUCAGGUUCUAACACUUCUAGUGACAUGCUACUUCUGGUUUUCUUGUGAAACUACAGUAUAAUUGUUGUAUGUUGAGGUUAAUUAAACUCUUCAUCUAUGAGCUAUGUUUCCUUGGUGCCUAUCAGGCAGAAAGCUUUGUUAUCAUAACUACAUGUAGUGCUUGUGGACAGUGGGGCCCAAAUUGGCAUGCUACCAUUGGCUUUCUGGAACAUAGUGUGGGAUCUUUCCAAUGAAAAACUUGCUUCUUUCCCUGUAUAUCCUAGUUAAGCUGAAAAAGUACUUCAACUCUGGAGCAAAUGUACUUAUUUUAGCUCUCUUUUAUGUCAAUGGAAGACAUAUAUUUUUAAGAGUCCAAACAUGCUUUUUAUCAUAACCACUAUUAUUUGUGCUUAAAAGGGGACACUUUCUCUACCACAGAAGUUCCUACCGCCACUAUUACUUUGGAACUGCUCUGCUCAAUAAAACCCAUUUCAGUAGGAAAAAGAGCUAUAUGUAUCUUCUGCUUGUAUAAACUAUAUUAAAGGAUGUAAAUAACAUGGAAUUGCAAAUUUUAUCUCAUAAUUAGAAUACUAAUGUUAUAUUUAUGAGAACAUGCUCUUCUAUUGCACAGUGGCUUUCUGAAGAUCUGCAACUAAUAGAGGAGAAAAUUGUUCAUGGCAAAAUACCAACACAACUUUUUGGAAGAUUAUUAUUGGGAUUACAGUGUAACAUUAAACCGUUUCCUGGUGUGUGCUCUUGUACAACAUCUUCCAUUUUGACACUGUGGGUUAAAUCUGUAUUUCCAAUGUUAUAUGAAAAUAAAAUGUGACAUAAUGCUCUCUUUAUCUGUACAUAUUGUUUUCCUGUAAAUUCCAUAGUGAUAUGGUCUUUGGUUAAAUUACAGUAAAUGCAAGUGAAUUUUGGGGUUGUGCAAUUUUUUUUAAACUCUAACAUUGAAUUUAUUUUUUUAAUGUUUUGCAUUGAAAUUUUA